AUGUGCCUUCUCAUAGAUACACUGGUACCAGUACCAAUGUGCCUUCUCAUAGAUACACUGGUACCAGUACCAAUGUGCUUUCUCAUAGAUACACUGGUACCAGUACCAAUGUGCAUUCUCAUAGAUACACUGGUACCAGUACCAAUGUGCCUUCUCAUAGAUACACUGGUACCAGUACCAAUGUGCCUUCUCAUAGAUACACUGGUACCAGUACCAAUGUGCCUUCUCAUAGAUACACUGGUACCAGUACCAAUGUGCCUUCUCAUAGAUACACUGGUACCAGUACCAAUGUGCCUUCUCAUAGAUACACUGGUACCAGUAACAAUGUGCCUUCUCAUAGAUACACUGGUACCAGUAACAAUGUGCCUUCUCAUAGAUACACUGGUACCAGUACCAAUGUGCCUUCUCAUAGAUACACUGGUACCAGUAGCAAUGUGCCUUCUCAUAGAUACACUGGUACCAGUAACAAUGUGCCUUCUCAUAGAUACACUGGUACCAGUAACAAUGUGCCUUCUCAUAGAUACACUGGUACCAGUACCAAUGUGCCUUCUCGUAGAUACACUGGUAACAGUACCAAUGUGCCUUCUCAUAGAUACACUGGUACCAGUACCAAUGUGCCUUCUCAUAGAUACACUGGUACCAGUACCAAUGUGCCUUCUCAUAGAUACACUGGUACCAGUACCAAUGUGCCUUCUCAUAGAUACACUGGUACCAGUACCAAUGUGCCUUCUCAUAGAUACACUGGUACCAGUACCAAUGUGCCUUCUCAUAGAUACACUGGUACCAGUACCAAUGUGCCUUCUCAUAGAUACAUUGGUACCCGUACCAAUGUGCCUUCUCAUAGAUACACUGGUACCAGUACCAAUGUUCCUUCUCAUAGAUACACUGGUACCAGUACCAAUGUGCCUUCUCAUAGAUACACUGGUACCAGUACCAAUGUGCCUUCUCAUAGAUACACUGGUACUGUGUACCAGUGUUCCUCCAUAG